AUGAGUUCACGUAAUUUGAAGGAAUUGUCUCAAAGUGAAACUUCUAUUCUUGUUACAUUAAUAAACGGUUUGAAUCAAAAUAUAGGACUGCCAUCCUAUACAUGUACAUCCAAGCACAAAGUGUACUGGUUCUUCAGAGUUGCAGCGAUAUGUUUUAUAAUGACUUUCAUUUUACAAGGAAUCGCUCUUUUUAAAGCCAAAGAUGAUCCAAAAAGGCUCUUUGAAUGUUUCAGCAUCCUCGCCUUUACUACCAUGGGAAUUUUUAAGCUCGGCUCGUUGCAAUACAAUCACAAUCGUUGGGGAUAUAUCUUGAAGCAAAUUUGUCAGUUAGAAUUUGAACAGCUAAAUAAACCCAUUACUUCAGAUGCGGACUACCAGUCCGAUGACGAAGAAAAUAUACAUUUUUCUGAAUACGUAAAUAGUUACACAAGUAUUUUCAAAACAACUUUCAGCAGAUUGCGUAAAAUGUAUUACUUUACUUUACUCAUCUUUAUAUUGUCACCAUUUCUGGAACCUUUAUAUUGUAAAGUUCGUGGUUUAGAAUAUUCAGGUUCACUAACAGAGCUUGACAAGUUGCUUAAAAAUAUAUUUGGAGUGUACGUCUUAGUCACUACACUAACACUUUGCUUCGUGGCACUACAACUAAAUUCUAAAGAUAUGAGUAUAAUGCAAUUGGCGUCGUUAUUCCAAUACAUGUGCGGUACUCUUACGCAACUGUUCCUGUUUUGUUGCUACGGAGAUGCAGUGUUUAACGGGAGUUCCGUCGGCAUGGGCCAGGGUCCUUUUGGCGCAGCGCACUGGUGCCUCAGUCCCAGCAUUCGCCGUGACCUCUGCAUACUUGGUGCAGGAAUGAUGCGAAUACGACAGCUUCGGGCAGGACCUUUUAAUUUUCUUGAUCUCCCAUUAUUCGUUCAGAUAGUCCGCACCGCGUACAGUUGCUAUGCUGUACUGGGAAAGAAAAAUGUGUAA